AGAAAGUACUCAUGAUGCUGAAUAUUCCAGUAUCAAGUUGAAUUUCCCAGAAAGAUUUUUCUUUUUCCCCAGAAAUGAAAAUAAUAGUGAUAUUGCUUUUCUUUGGGAUAGUCACUGAUACAAUAACUGCUGGAAAAGUUAAAGUAGCUGAUAAGAAAAAUGUUGAGGAAGGUCGAGGGUUCUUGAGUGCAAUAGGGAGUACGAUAAAUCUAAUAUCAAACAUAGGGACAGGGAUAGCAACGGGAAUUGCUCAGACCGUGAAUAAAGUUGGAAAUGUGAUAUCAAAUAAAAUAAACCAGGCUGUGGGAGCUACGACUACAACAAUAAAAGAAAUAAUAAAAGUCCAGGAUAAUUUGCAUAAGAAUACAACAGCUGCUAUCCAGGGUGUAGCAACAAAUGUUCUUGAAGGAAUAUCCACUCAUGUGACUAUAACAAAAAACUUAACAAGUGCUAUAGCCAAUGCUGUUGCUAGCCACAUCAACAAGAACAUAGCUACAACAAACUACACGUUAAACACUGUGGUCAAUCUCGUUGAAACUGUGAUAGAUUCAGCUCAUAAGCACGUGGAUCUCCUUGUAAAAGGUGCUACUAAUAAUACAGCAACACUUGUUGAGGCUGUAGGAGAUGUUGUAAAGGCGUUGGUUUCAUCAUUAAACACAACAAAAAUCAACCAUUUACAUCAACUGCCAAAUCUUCUCUUAACUGGAGUUACAGAUCUCCUGACACAUCUAGUAAACUCUACAGUUUCCCUAACUAAAGUUAACUUUACCCAAACUCUAGUAUCAGCUUUCGUGAAGACUUCGGGAAAUGUUGUAGAUUCCCUAAUUGACGUGUUGUUGUUAGUAACUAACAAGACAUCGAAUGCAACAAAGCACAAUUUUGGACACAGUUCGACAGCCCUAUUCCACAGUAUUUCUGGUCUGCUGGACAACUUGGGAGAGAUAACAAAGGUUGUACUGAAAGGGGCAAAGGGUGUCCUUGUUGAUUCCUUUGCCAACAAAACCGAUGCCCUUGUUGCGGUUGUUGGAAACUUAGCAGACUUGAUAACAGAUCCUGCAAUAUCCUUCACUGAAUCUCUAGUUGAUAAGCUCAAUAUAACAUCAACAAUACUCGUGGAUAAGAUACAUGAUGUCAUUGGAGCGAUAUUUAACAUAUCAACGGACGCUGUAGAGACAAUAGUUGAUGGUGUUCACAAAACCGUUAACGGAACGGCAGUUACAUUGUUGUCAAAAAUACCAAAGUUGCAGAAACUUGUUACGAAUACUACAACAAAAUUAAGCGAAAUACUGAAUGAAAGGAUAAAGAAGCAUGGUACUACGUUCCUGGCCUUGGUCAACAAGGUAGGAACCAAUGGGACGCGUUUGAUGGACAAAUCCCUAGCUUCAAUAGGAAAGAUGUUGGGAAACAUAACACAUGGCUUCGACAACAUAAUAUUUACUACGAAGAAUGCUCUAAUGAGCGUAGUUUCAACUUUAGGAGGGACCAUAUCAACAGUAGCUAAGGGCGUUGUGCAACUAGCUAACAACAUAACAGGAAAGUUUGGAGAAUUUGUAGCAGGAAAACUGGAUUGUGCUGCAGAUGUUCUGCCCAUGAUGGUGAAGAGUGUUCAGGGUUUAAGCAAUCACACCGUCGGCUGUGCGGUAUCUAAGUUAAGCAACGUGAUAGGGAAUGUUGUGAAAAAUACAACGGAGCUGGCUGGUAUAACUGGCAAAGUCUUUACAGGAGUUACGGAUCACUUUGAAGCUUGCGUUAAGAACAACUCAAAGAAAUCCUUCCCUCAAGCGGCCUGCCUUACGGCCUUUAUAGGAACAACAACCAACAAAACAGCCAUGAUAAGUACUCAUUUAGCUGAUACUGCAUCAAAACUUCUAGAAAGCAUAAUAGGGACUGGAAAUAUAACAGAUUGUAUACGGAAGACUGUAGGCGACGUCAAAGAAACUGUUAUAGACUUCGCAACGUGCGUUCUUUCUAAUACUAGUAAGUCAGCUAGAUCAAUACGACAGUUACCCUUUCCACUAAUACCCCGCGAAGAGGAAUCACAGAGAGUUCUUGUAGCCAGACUACCUAUACCAAACCUUGACUACAAGAAGCAACAAGGGUCUAAAAGAACCGGGAAGGACAUGAAGUACGAUCUCCCUGAAGAAACUUUCAGGAGUCUCAUAAAUGAUCAACUGAAACAGAUGGAGUUCAACAUAGAUGACUACUUUGAACUACCAGACUUACCACUUACAGAUGCCGAUUGGGAUAUUUAUUAAAAUACCAAAUAGUUUAAAUAUAUUUUGUACGUUUUUCAUAAGUUUGUAUUUUGCUUGAAUGAAAUAAAACACAACAAAAAUUUAAAUAAAUGA